CGGGGAGGGGGGGUGGGGGGGAGCGCGGGAGGAGGGGCCGCGGAGGGCCGCGCCCCGCCCGCCCGGGGACAGCGGGGACAGCGCGCAGGACGCGCUCGCCAUGCAGAGCGGAGGCUCCGGGUGCUGAAGGCGCGGGGCCAGCAGAGCCGGGAGCGCGUCCGCGUCCGCGUCCACGCAGCGCCGGCGCCAGCACCGGGGCUCCUGCAUAUGCCAGGACGGCGGCGGUGGCAGCCAGACAUGCAACCGGCCCGGAAGCUCCUCAGCCUCCUCUUCCUCGUCCUGAUGGGCACCGAACUCACUCAAGUGUUGCCCACCAACCCCGAGGAGAGCUGGCAGGUUUAUAGUUCUGCCCAAGACAGCGAGGGCAGGUGUAUCUGCACAGUGGUCGCCCCCCAGCAGACCAUGUGUUCACGGGACGCCCGCACGAAACAGCUCAGGCAGCUGCUGGAGAAGGUGCAGAACAUGUCUCAGUCCAUAGAGGUCCUGGACAGGCGGACUCAGAGAGACUUACAGUACGUGGAAAAGAUGGAGAACCAGAUGAAGGGGCUGGAGUCCAAGUUCAGACAGGUGGAGGAGAGCCACAGGCAGCACCUGGCCAGGCAGUUCAAGGCGAUAAAAGCGAAAAUGGAUGAACUUAGGCCUUUGAUACCUGUGUUGGAGGAGUACAAGGCCGAUGCCAAAUUGGUAUUGCAGUUUAAAGAGGAGGUCCAGAACCUGACGUCAGUGCUUAACGAGCUGCAAGAGGAGAUUGGCGCCUAUGACUACGAUGAACUGCAGAGCAGAGUGUCCAAUCUUGAAGAAAGGCUCCGUGCAUGCAUGCAAAAACUAGCUUGUGGGAAGCUGACGGGCAUCAGUGACCCCGUGACCAUCAAGACCUCUGGCUCGAGGUUCGGGUCCUGGAUGACAGACCCUCUGGCCCCCGAAGGGGAUAACAGGGUUUGGUACAUGGACGGCUACCACAACAACCGCUUCGUCCGCGAGUACAAGUCCAUGGCCGACUUCAUGACCACGGACAAUUUCACGUCGCACCGCCUCCCGCACCCCUGGUCCGGCACGGGGCAGGUGGUCUACAAUGGCUCCAUCUACUUCAACAAGUUCCAAAGCCACAUCGUCAUCAGGUUCGACCUGAAGACGGAGGCCAUCCUCAAGACACGCAGCCUGGACUACGCCGGGUACAACAACAUGUACCACUACGCCUGGGGCGGCCACUCGGACAUCGACCUCAUGGUGGACGAGAACGGGCUGUGGGCCGUCUAUGCCACCAACCAGAACGCCGGCAACAUCGUGAUCAGCAAGCUGGACCCCGUGUCCCUGCAGGUGCUACAGACCUGGAACACGAGCUACCCCAAGCGCAGCGCCGGCGAGGCCUUCAUCAUCUGCGGGACCCUCUACGUCACCAACGGCUACUCGGGGGGCACCAAGGUCCACUACGCAUACCAGACCAAUGCCUCCACCUACGAGUACAUCGACAUCCCCUUCCAGAACAAGUACUCCCACAUCUCCAUGUUGGAUUACAACCCCAAGGACCGCGCCCUGUACGCCUGGAACAACGGCCACCAGAUCCUCUACAACGUCACCCUGUUCCACGUCAUCCGGUCCGAUGAGUUGUAGUCGCACCUGCCCGGAGGCCGAGGGUCCGUGUCCUCACCCGCGUGGGAGUCUCUGCGAAGCAGCUGCCAACAUAAGCUCACAAUGCUAAUCAUACACUGACUUCGAAACGAUCAGCAGCAGCGUUCUCUCCGUGCACUUCUGGUCCGAGCAAGAGGGCGACACCCUUGGGAAGAGACCCCCAUCUUUGCAGCUGGAACUGCAGUCCAGGGCUCCCUGACCCCCCCCCCCACCCCCAAGCGCCGCCCCCGCCCGGCCCCCUUUCCGGUCAAACAAUCUCAUACAGAAGCAAGGCAAUGACUGUUGGCCGGCUCUCGGCCGAGAACAACCACUGUCAGGUCGCAUGGACAUCCCCCCCUAGAUCGUGCCCAGCUCCGGUGGACGUGACCGCCGUGUCCCGACCAGGGCUCCCCCCCACCCCCGCCCCGGGCCGCUCGGGGCGUCCGCAGGGGCCGACGUAGGCUAGUGUAACUCAUCCGUGACGGCUGCCGUCUCUCCACCGCGUGUCCUGUCUUAGCUGAGCUGAGGCUCGGCGUCCCCACGGACCCGCGUGGAGCGGAUGGCCGCAGCGCCCACUUGUUUGAGCUCGUGUCCCCCGUAGAUAUAUCGUGCCGCGUCCGUCUGUCCUUUCCUUGAGGCGGUAGCUCUGUGUGUUCAGUUGAUGCUGUGAACGUUGUAAAUGCCGUGCCGUAGUUUGGGUUAAUAAGUGGAUGGUUUUUGUUUCCAAAAAGAAAAAAAAAAAAUACUCAGUGUUCACCCUUAGAAAGAGGUAACCAAGUUCAUGUUGAUAGUAAUCGAAGGAAUUCUACUCCUCUUGUUAAAUUACUCAGUAAUGUAACCAUGGGUGGCGAGGGCUUGUCUGGGGAAACUCCGUUUCCAGCGGGAAAGGAACGUUCCUGAGGGUAACAGAACGCGGGACGUACAGGUUUUAAGUAGAAAUGAGGGGAACUUUGUACUGUCCAGUUAUCUAAGGAACAAUAAAGACAGUAGGAGAUACUG